ACGUCGCGUUGUUCAGUUGGAAUUUCGUUGUCUCACCGUACGGGUUGGCUAGAUCGGUGAACAAUCAAGAUGCUAGUUGAGUUUUUGGCGAUUUUUGUCGUCGUCCUGGUGCUGGCCUAUCGCUGGGCCACAGCCAACUAUAAUUUCUUCAAGGAGCGUGGCAUAGACUAUGAAAAACCAUAUCCAUUCGUGGGAAACAUGUACAAAAUGGUAUUGCGUCAACAAUCCAUGUUUGAUCUGAUCGUCGAUUUGUACAACAAGGGCGAUGGCAAGGUAUUUGGCAUCUUUGAGCAGCGCAAGCCGCUGCUGAUGAUACGCGAUCCGGAAUUGAUCAAGCAGAUCACAAUCAAGGAUUUCGAUCACUUUAUCAACCAUCGCAAUAUCUUUGGCACCGAUGAUGACAAUCCGCACGACAUGGACAAUCUCUUCGGCAGCUCCUUGUUCUCGAUGCGCGAUGCUCGUUGGAAGGACAUGCGCAGCACACUGAGUCCUGCCUUUACGGGCAGCAAGAUGCGCCAGAUGUUCCAGCUGAUGGACAUUGUGGCCAAAGAGGCAGUCGAUGGCCUCAAGCAUGAUCAGGUGCCGGAAAGUGGAAUCGAGCUGGACACGAAAGACUACUGUACGCGAUUCACCAACGAUGUCAUUGCCUCGACGGCCUUUGGCUUGCAGGUCAACUCGUUCAAGGAGCGAGAGAACACAUUCUAUUUGAUGGGCAAGAAGUUGACCACCUUUAAUGCGCUGCAGAACUUGAAGUUUUUUUUCUUUACCAUUGCCAAUCGACUCUGUAAGCUGCUGAAAAUUUCGCUGUUUGACAGGAAAAGCGUUGACUAUUUUGUGCGCCUGGUGCUGGAUGCCAUGAAGUAUCGUCAGGAGCACAACAUUGUGCGGCCCGACAUGAUCAACAUGCUGAUGGAGGCACGCGGCAUGUUUCACACGGAUAAGCCCAAAACGGGCACAGUUCGCGAUUGGAGCGAUCGCGACAUAGUUGCCCAAUGUUUUGUGUUCUUCUUUGCGGGCUUCGAGACGUCGGCGGUGCUCAUGUGUUUCAGCGCACAGGAGCUCAUGGAGAACGAGGAUGUGCAGGCGAGACUGUACGAGGAGGUGGCGCAGGUCGACAGCGAUCUGGAAGGCGGCCAACUGACCUACGAGGCUCUAAUGGGCAUGAAGUACAUAGACCAGGUGGUGUCCGAGGUGCUGCGCAAGUGGCCGGCGGCCAUUGCGAUUGAUCGCGAGUGCAACAAGGACAUUACCUAUGUGGUCGAUGGCAAGAACAUUGAGAUCAAGAAAGGCGAAGCCGUUUGGCUGCCCACCUGUGGCUUCCAUCGUGAUCCCAAGUACUUCGAAAAUCCGACCAAGUUCGACCCAGAUCGUUUUAGCGACGAGAACAAGGACAAAAUUCAGCCAUUCACCUACUAUCCUUUCGGCAUUGGUCAACGCAAUUGCAUAGGUUCACGAUUCGCACUACUCGAGGCAAAAGCCAUGAUAUACUAUUUGCUGCGAGAGUUCCGUAUUGCUCCGGCCAAGAAUAGCUGCAUUCCCCUAGUCCUCAGCUCCGCCGGCUUUCAAUUGAAGCCCAAAAAUGGUUUUUGGGUUAAACUCAUUCCGCGUAAAUAAAUCGAUCAAAUUGUGAUUUUAUUCAAAUGUAACAAACUUUAAAUAAAUAAUGAUUAUAUUUCGUAUUGAAACAUAA